CAGAAGUGUAAAGAACAGUUUGUUCCGAGAGGUUAGUUCAACUGGUUAUCGCAGACGCUCGAGAGAAAACCCGGGACAGUGGUCUUCGGAUCGAAAAAAAAAGGCAGAACAGAAAAAUCCCGAAAGAAACCAGGCUGCCAGUAUUGUGGACUCUAACAUUGAAAGGUACGUUUUGGUUUUUAAAUUGUCGGCAUCAGUGGGUGAGUUUCCCAUUUAGUAUUAUUUUUUAUAUUUUUUUAGUUUUCCUUUUUAAAAUGUAUUUUUCCUAUAGCGGUGGUCAUCUAAAGUUCUACAUCAGAAGUAUAAGUCGUGCCUGUUCAAUAGGAACAUCCAAAUGAGAUGUCUGCGCCUGGCCUGUAUUUCUGGCGCCUGGUAGGUAUUUCUGGCACCUGACAUGAAUUUCUGGCGCCUGGCAUGUAUUUCUGGGGUAUGUAUUUCUGGCGCCUGGUAUGUAUUUCUGGCGCCUGGUAUGUAUUUCUGGCGCCUGGUAUGUAUUUCUGGCGCCUGACAUGUAUUUCUGGCGCCUGACAUGUAUUUCUGGCGCCUGGUAUGUAUUUCUGGCGCCUGGUAUGUAUUUCUGGCGCCUGGUAAGUAUUUCUGGCGCCUGGUAUGUAUUUAUGGCGCCUGGUAUGUAUUUCUGGCGCCUGGCAUGUAUUUCUGGCGCCUGGUAUGUAUUUCUGGCGCCUGGUAUGUAUUUCUGGCGCCUGGUAUGUAUUUCUGGCGCCUGGUAUGUAUUUCUGGCGCCUGGUAUGUAUUUCUGGCGCCUGGUAUGUAUUUCUGGCGCCUGGUAUGUAUUUCUGGCGCCUGGUAUGUAUUUCUGGCGCCUGGUAUGUAUUUCUGGCGCCUGGUAUGUAUUUCUGGCGCCUGGUAUGUAUUUCUGGCGCCUGGUAUGUAUUUCUGGCGCCUGGUAUGUAUUUCUGGCGCCUGGUAUGUAUUUCUGGCGCCUGGUAUGUAUUUCUGGCGCCUGGUAUGUAUUUCUGGCGCCUGGUAUGUAUUUCUGGCGCCUGGUAUGUAUUUCUGGCGCCUGGUAUGUAUUUCUGGCGCCUGGUAUGUAUUUCUGGCGCCUGGUAUGUAUUUCUGGCGCCUGGUAUGUAUUUCUGGCGCCUGGUAUGUAUUUCUGGCGCCUGGUAUGUAUUUCUGGCGCCUGGUAUGUAUUUCUGGCGCCUGGUAUGUAUUUCUGGCGCCUGGCAUGUAUUUCUGGCGCCUGGUAUGUAUUUCUGGCGCCUGACAUGUAUUUCUGGCGCCUGACAUGUAUUUCUGGCGCCUGGUAUGUAUUUCUGGCGCCUGGUAUGUAUUUCUGGCGCCUGGUAAGUAUUUCUGGCGCCUGGUAUGUAUUUAUGGCGCCUGGUAUGUAUUUCUGGCGCCUGGCAUGUAUUUCUGGCGCCUGGUAUGUAUUUCUGGCGCCUGGUAUGUAUUUCUGGAACUGGAAUAAAUUUCAGGUUUAUUUUGGCUAGGAUUUAUUUGCUGAUAUCUGGUGCUGUAAUAAAUCCUGGUUAUAAGGGGUAGAGACUGCAAUAAGGUUAGCAAAAAAGGAAAUGAGCAAAUCAAAGUAUAGGAAAACCUGGGGGGGGGGGGGAGGGGGAGGGGGCGCAACAAAACAGCGAACCUUUAUCAGCUAACGAACAACAGAAUUUUUUUUUCUUCAGGUUUUCGAUUACUCCCCCCCCCACCCCCGCUCAUUUCCUUUAUUAAAACACAUCCACAGUGUGGACACAGCUAAAGAAUUUUUUCCCCAGCUUAAAAUCAGUCUAGCAAGCGUCGUUUUCAAAUCACUAACAGUUGAGUCUCUUCCAAUUCAUUGGUACUUUAAGUUUAUCUUUUAAAUAAUUGAACUUUCUCGCGUUCAUUCCGCCCACAAAGUUUUGGUCUCAUUCCAGAGCACCGCCGCCAAACGAUCAAUCAUGGCGGAGACGGAGACGGGUGACUUCAGCAAGUCGUCCCUCCGGGUCAACGUUCUCGAGAAAAAACGCUUGGAACAAAUUGUGCAGGUUUAUGAAAACGCUAAAAGAAAUCUGGCCAUUGACAUGCGCAGAUCGCAGACAGCCUACAGGCGCAAACUCAAACUCUACCGGGACAGGAAGCGGGAGAUCCUCACGUCAAGGUCCAGCUCGUCCCCGCCAACAUCAAGCAUGGGGGAGUUCCUGAUUGGCCAAGGCUGCACGCACAAACCCCAAAGUUCAAGGUCGGGAAUAACCCACCGGUCUCGUCCUGUUGACGAGAGAGGCCGAGAUUUGACUUCAAGGGAGACCGUCUCCUCCCUAAAGUCUCAUCAAGAGCUACCAACGCCUGCAGGUCUUGAAGACACCAAGGUCUUCAAGUCUAAAUUAACGGCUUAUCUACCGGAUAAUCACCCAGACUCCUCCCAUAAGCCGGGAUCGUCGUCUUCAGAUUGGUCAAGGUCAAGCUCAGACCCAGUCACAAGACACAGUCAUUCAUCCACCAAUGCAACUGUUUCAAAAGUCCGCCUCAAGCUUGGAUCUCUCGAGUCGACACAUUCAUUUUCAACAAGUCCUGCCCCUGGUCACAAAUCCAAAGUUCAAAUCAACCAAUCGCCGUCUUUAGAAAUCACCAUCACGGAUUUGAACAGACCCUCAACACAACACGCCGGUCGCAUCGGUGGCAAACCACGCGAGUCAUCCCUUCUUCCGUCCAUACCGAGAUCAACGGGUUUCCUCCGGGACGAAGACCGAGAGCAAGAAGACUACGAGGCUAGUCACGAGAUGGGGAAGAUGUCCAACCGACAGCGGUCCAAGCUCGAUCUUAGGCCCAGAACGGCCUGGGCGCUGCUUCACGGUAAUACAAUGAACGGUCAGACAAGAAUCUCUGCAGGGCACAAGGGAUACUCGAGUCCAGUAUUAUUGCUAAAUGGUUCUUUGGCGGAUAAAAAUCGACAGGUAAAUCAAUGAUUGAUUAAUGCAAACCCAAUGCAAAUUAAUCUAAUUUAUACCAACAAAAAAAAUCAUAUAUUUAAAAGAAGAAAAAAAUGCCGCGCGCGAAAACGUAAGAUGGUCAAAUAGUUUUAGACAGAAAUGAAUCUGUAUGGUUGGUGAUUUAAUGGCGGAAAUCUAUUUAUAGAACACAUUUAUAAUUUUGCCAUUCUCCUUAAGAUAUCAACAAUAAAACAUCCUGGUAAUCCGUUUGGCCAAACUAUCAACAGCUGCUCUGUAAUAUAAAGUUAAUGUGAGCCAGCACAAAGGGUCUCAACCUAGCUGAAAACGGGUCUACAGCUUUAUUUUACCAAAGAUUUUACAAAUUGUUACUGCUACAUAUAUUCAGAAAUACAUUGUUAGAGGCUAUUUUUAUGAAAACAGUGUCUAAAAAUAGUAGCAAUACGCAAUGGGAUGUGACGUUUUCCGGUCCUAGAAAUGACACACCCUUUUUGUAUAAUGUCCCUGCCAAUUUGAUAUGUUUCAAAUUACAGAACGGGCCGUUUUUUUAAAUGGGGGGUGGGGGUGGAAUAGACACUCGAUUUAACAAUUUUAAUUAUAACGAAACACAUGAUAAUACAAAGUUAGAUGAAAUAUUUUAUUGUUUCUUCAAAGUCUCAAUGAGAUCACAAAUUGACUCAGCACAAUUCACCCCCCCCCCCCCCCACAUUAUAAAAUAAAUAAAUUAGUUAAAUUGCUAAACAAAUUUUAUUAUGAAUUUUUUGUCACUUAUUUAUUCCCUCGAAGGUACGAUACUUUGACAAGGACGAGCUAGAAGAGAGGGGGACUAUGUACAAUUAUUUUCUCAAGGGUCGUCUGCAGCGCGAGCAUACACGGUUUGAGGACAUCUGCCACAAAAUUCAAAGUUUCUGCCACAAGCCGCCCUCGCCAGAGAUGUCCUAAAAACUUAAAGCCACAUUUCCGACCACUUUGGUCACAGUUUGUCCAACAUACACUCCAAGCUGGCAACUUGACCAAAAGAUCGUCAAUAUCGUCAACACACAAUUACAGAAACUAGAUGAGUUGCGUGUCUCAAACAAAAUUAAAAAUAGACACAUUCAUUCGUGGUUUGACGACACGUCGUCGAGUCUGUUCCUUAGAAAAAAAACGUGUCCGUUUAUUUCAGCCAGAGAAUAAUCUGUUUAGGAGUUAAAUUAAUAUUGUUAAUAAUCAACUGCAUUUAUAAUAUCGCUUAGUAUAUCUGUCAUAUAACCGAGCUUUAAGUAUUUUCACAGAGAUACAUGACUUUAAUUUCAAUAUGAGAUUUUAUCACUUGUCUUUUCCUUGAAUCUGCUAGAGAUGAAGAGCAUUGAUUAAAUCCACUCUCACGAGUGUCACGGUGUUAAAAAAAAUGUAUGCCUACAUUGUGUGUAAAGUGUAAAGAAUUAAUUAAUAUUGAUUUAUUUAAGAGAAAUAAAGUGGG